AUUACUUUAUGCAUUAUAGGUACUCCUUGUUGAUAAACUGAUUGAUCCAGUUGAGUUAGACUUCCUUUUAAGGUUCCCUUGUGUACCUAAUGUCACUAGUCCUGUUGACUUCCUCUCACAUAACUCAUGGGGAGGGAUCAAAUCAUUAUCUGGCAUGGAACAGUUCAGGAACCUUGAUAGAGACAUUGAAGGGUCAGCUAAAAGGUGGAAGAAGUUUGUUGACAGUGAGAUACCAGAGAAAGAGAAGUUCCCUGGAGAAUGGAAGAACAAGACCUCACUCCAGAAACUCUGCAUGAUGAGGGCACUCAGACCAGACAGGAUGACAUAUGCAGUAGUAACAUUUAUUGAGGAGAAGCUUGGCACAAAGUAUGUGGAGAAGAGAGAUAUUCCAUUUGAAGUCUCCUACCAAGAGAGUGGUCCUGGUACACCAGUCUUCUUUGUCCUCAGUCCUGGAGUGGACCCUUUAAAAGAUGUUGAGGCCUUGGGAAAGAAAAUGGGAUUUAGUUUGGACAAUAGGAACUUUCACAAUGUAUCCCUAGGACAGGGUCAGGAGGUUGUAGCUGAGAAUGCUCUUGAUGUUGGUUCUCAAGAAGGUCACUGGGUCGUACUUCAAAAUAUUCAUCUUGUUGCAAAAUGGCUGCCAAAGCUUGAGAAGAAGAUAGAGCAGUACAGUGAGGGCAGUCAUGAGUCGUAUAGAGUCUAUGUAUCAGCUGAGCCUGCUGGUGACCCCAGUGCCCAUAUAAUACCUCAAGGUAUUCUGGAGUCGAGUAUUAAGAUUACUAAUGAGCCUCCUACUGGUAUGCUGGCUAACCUUCAUAAAGCACUGGAUAAUUUCAAUCAGGAUACUCUUGAGAUGUGUUCACGUGAGAAUGAGUUCAAGAGCCUCCUAUUCUCCCUCUGCUAUUUCCAUGCUUGUAUUGUUGAGAGACGUAAGUUUGGGCCUCAAGGAUGGAACAGAUCAUAUCCUUUCAAUACCGGCGACCUCACUAUCAGUGUAUCUGUCCUUUAUAAUUACUUGGAAGCUAAUUCUAAAGUACCAUGGACUGAUCUUCGCUACUUGUUCGGUGAGAUAAUGUAUGGUGGUCAUAUUACUGAUGAUUGGGAUAGGAGACUCUGUAAGACCUACCUUGAAGAAUUCAUGAAACCUGAACAAUUGGAUGGUGAUCUUCUCUUUGCUCCUGGUUUCCCCAUACCUCCUAACUCAGACUACCAAGCCUACCACACUUACAUUGAUGAUGUACUCCCCCCGGAGAGCCCAGUACUAUAUGGACUCCAUCCUAAUGCUGAAAUCGGAUUCCUAACCACUACAAGCGAGAAUCUAUUCCGUACUGUUUUUGAAAUGCAACCUCGCGAUUCCUCUAGUGGGGAUGGGGCUGGAGCUAGCAGAGAAGAAACUGUGAAGGUUCUUCUUGAUGAGAUAUUAGAGAAACUACCUGAAGCUUUCAAUAUGGCCGAACUGUCAAGCAAAGCAGAAGAGAAAACACCAUAUGUGCUGGUGGCUUUGCAGGAAUGUGAACGUAUGAAUAUGCUGACUAAAGAAAUGAGGAGAUCUUUAAAAGAAGUUGAUCUUGGAUUAAAAGGAGAGCUGACCAUUACUGCUGACAUGGAGAACCUUCAAAACUCACUCUUCUUUGGUACUGUACCUGAUAACUGGACCAAAAGAGCCUACCCAUCAAUGAACAACCUAACAGCUUGGUACGCUGACUUGCUUCAGCGCAUUCGUGAACUGGACUCAUGGGUCUCCGAUUUUAACAUGCCACCUUGCAUCUGGUUAGCAGGCUUCUUCAAUCCUCAAUCAUUCCUCACAGCCAUCAUGCAGUCCAUGGCUCGUAAGAAUGAAUGGCCUCUUGACAAGAUGUGCUUGCAAUGUGACGUCACUAAAAAGAACAGAGAAGAUUUUACUAGCCCCCCACGUGAAGGAGCAUACGUCCAUGGACUAUUCAUGGAAGGAGCUCGCUGGGAUAUACAGACCAGCUUAUUACAAGAGGCAAGACUUAAGGAACUGACUCCUUCAAUGCCUGUGAUGUUCAUCAAGGCAAUAAUAGUUGAUAAACUUGAUCUGAAGAAUAUGUAUGAGUGCCCUGUGUAUAAGACAAGGCAGAGGGGACCCACUUAUGUAUGGACCUUCAAUCUAAAGACCAAGGACAAACCAGCCAAGUGGGUUAUUGGAGGAGUCUGUCUUCUACUUAGCAUUUAAACUAUAGCAUGAGAACUAUUAGUUGAACUAUAGUAUCACUUAUCAUUUAAUAGGCAUUUAAACUAGUGUCACUAAUAAAUAGCUUUAGUUGAACAAUUAGUAUUAGGCAUUACUUUGAACUGGUAAAUACAGUUGUAGUAUCAUUAUUAAAAUAGAAUUAAAAACAGCAUUUACUAACUGU